AUGAAGGAAACUCGGUAUUUUUGUAGCUCGAACGAAUUGAACGCUGUCGGGAACCUUUUAUCCGGAAACAUAUAUCCACUUGGUGAUGGAGAACCAAAGCUCAGAUUUUUCUCUAUUCUGUGGGUAAUCGGCAUGUGGACCGUGAAAAUAACUUAUUUCUUGAGCUGCGUACUCGGCUCGUUGUAUUUUUCGUCCCUGUCAACGGAAGAGGUGUUCAAACAAUCCGGAGCACUCGGUGCCCUGUGUGCCGAAGUCAUCGUUUCCACAGCUUAUCUCAAUUCGAAAAGGACAGAGUUGAGAAAAUUAAUCGAUCAGUACAAUCUCAUACUCAUCGAUUCCGAUGACUUGAGACGUUGCAUACACGAGACCUUAAAGCCUUAUAAGAAAUGCGUUAAGUCUUACAUGUGCUGUUGUUUCGUUGCUACCUCCAUAUGGUCAGCAGCACCCUUACUACAAAUUUUCAAUGCCGACGAAUUUACGUACACCGAUCUUACCGUACCGGGCUACAUGCCCGGUGAACCAUUCGGCAAAAGCGUGCUCGCGGCUGGUGCAAUUUUCCAAGUUUUCGGUGCUUGUUCACUACAUUUUACUAAAAUCAGCUUCGACCUCUACGUCAUUCACUUCAUCGCUGUGUUAACAGCUCAAUAUAAAUUUCUCGGUGAAGAAGUGUCUCGAGCCCUUCGCGACGAAAACGGGGAAAAGGACGAAAGAGCCGUCCUCGAUGCCCUCCAUCAAUGCGUUCGCCAUCAUUCAGUCGUCAUUCAAAUCGGUCGGGAGCUCUCGAAAAUAUUGGCAUUUUAUAUCGGCGCAACUUAUCUUAGUUGUAUAUUGAAAUUUUGUUUUCUAGCCUUCGGAGUAUUCACGUUCGAAAGUGCUAGCAUUGAAAAAAUGACACACGUCAUGGGCAGUGUGGCCAUUAUCGUACAAGUUUUUUUGCUAUGCGCUGUCAGCGAAGACUUACUCACUGAGAGCACGUCGGUGACCGAAAGUGCGUUCCAUGAAAAUUGGUAUGCUCGCAGUCCGGCUGUCAAAAGAGUUUUCUGCAUGAUGGAAAUGUCCAAUCGAAUAGAAUGCCGACUGAGCGCUUAUAGAGUCAUCGAUCUUGCGGUGCCAACGUUAGCUCUGAUACUCAGUAAAUCAUACUCGGCAUGUUUACUUCUCCUAGAAGUGAACUGAAUCUUCGAUCUCCAAUACUAAAAAAUCCUGUACGCCAAUGUGAAUCGAUGUAAACAGAAACUUAACUCGCAAAUCUAUAUUUCAGUGACAAUAA